GCUCCACUACCCACUUACCGUGCGGUAAUGUUGGUCCGUACAAAGUUCGAGACUUUGCGAUUUCCCUCCUGUCUGCGGGAAUGUCUCUCAUGGCAUUUCUCCUUGCAGUGAAAUAAUUUGCCAAUCAAAAUGUGGAGUGUUGGCCGCAGAGAUGGCAAAGUGCUGGUCACUGUGUGGCAACUGUUAGCGUUUAUUGUGUGCUGUGACUCUUCGGCUGUGCACUAUAACAGCGAGGAGUGUACGAACCAAGACAUCAAUGCCCGAGAGAGAGCUCUCACUUGCUCUCUCAAGACUCUUGACGACGAUUUAAGAGUCGCGAAUCUUACGAGUGUGGCUGUGGACUCUGUUGCGCGCUUGUCUCUCGUGUGCAACGAUGUCUACUUUUUCCAGAGUGUCUUGUCACCCUACACCCUGUCGGGGUUUGUGCGAGUGCGGGAACUCAAUGUGGAAUUUUGCAAGAUUAGUGAACUGAAGGAUAAUGCGUUUAUUAAUCUCAGAAAUUUAAGAAAUUUAACACUUCGGACUAGAAACUUGGACUGGCCCGUGAUGAGCUUGACCGCCAAGCCAGAAGUGUUCCGUCCUCUGCACCAGCUGGAGCGGUUAGAUCUCAGCACUAACAAUAUUUGGGAACUGCCAGCUGGUGCCUUCUGCCACCUCGCCAACCUCAAACUGCUCAAUCUAAGUCACAACCACCUGCAGGACAUCACGCAGCUGGGGUUCGGCGGGGGCUCCUCGGACAGAAGCGUUUCCUCCUGCAGGUCCGACGUCAGUUCGCUCGAUCUCUCUCACAACGACGUGACGGUGUUAGUGUCGGGCUCGCUGCAGGGCCUCGAACAGCUGCAGCAUUUGUAUCUCCAAAACAACGAACUCGGUAAGGUGGACGACAAUGCUUUCCAAGGCCUGCGGAGCCUCCACACGCUCGACAUUUCAAAUAACCGUCUGGUGGCGCUGCCGGAGGACGCGUUCGCGCACACGCCAGGCCUCAUGUACUGUCGGGCGAGGAACAACUCGCUCUCCGUGCUGGCGCCGGGGCUCUUCGGGGGGCUCGACCACCUCGUCGAGCUCGACCUCUCCUACAACGAACUCAAAUCCGAAUGGUUAACGUCCUCCAUCUUCCAGGGGCUCGUCCGCCUCAUGCUGCUGGAUCUCUCGCACAACAAAAUCUCCCAGCUGAACCAGCAGGUCUUCAGCGACCUGUACACGGUGCAGUUCCUCAGGCUCUCCCACAACCAGCUCAAGACGAUACCCGCCGCGGCGUUUGCAGCCUGCGUCAACCUGCACACGCUCGACCUCUCGUACAACCAGCUGACGAGCGUCCCCGACAAGGCUUUUCAGGGAGUCGGUGUGCUGAGCUUCUUGGCCCUCGACAACAACAACAUCAGCGAAGUGGGUCCGAAUUCGCUGAAGAACCUGAGCAGCCUGGCGGACCUGAACCUCAACGGGAACGAGCUGACGGCCAUUCCAGAGGCUGUGGCCCACCUGAAGUAUCUGAAGACCUUGGACCUCGGGGAAAACCAGAUUUCGGACCUCGCCAACAUGCCCGUCAAGGGUCUGGAAUUCCUGUACGGUCUGAGACUCGUGAACAACAAGAUUAGGGGAAAUCUAACGAAAGACACUUUUAGUGAUAUUCCUUCCCUUAAGAUACUAAAUUUAGCAAAGAAUUCCAUAACGGCCAUUGAAACAGGCACGUUUGAUAAAAAUUUGAAUUUGCAAGCAGUUCGCAUUGAUGCAAAUCAGCUUUCCAGUAUAAAUGGGCUUUUUGAAAAGUUGCCAAAUUUGUUGUGGUUGAAUGUGUCCGAUAAUAAUAUUGAAGUGUUUGAUUACCAUUUCGUACCGCAAAGUCUAGAGUGGCUAGAUUUACAUAAAAACAAAAUCAGUGAGCUUGGAAAUUUUCUAGAAAGACACGACUUAAAUUUGCAAACUCUCGAUGCUAGUUUUAAUAAGUUGCAGUACAUCAACAGCAUCCAAAUUCCCGAUAGUGUUCAGUUGUUAUUUUUGAACGAUAAUAAGAUUUCAGUUGUCGAGCCGUUCACGUUCUUCAAGAAAGUGAAUCUGACCCGAGUUGACCUGUUUGCCAAUCAGCUGUCAAGGAUGGACAUGUCAGCGCUGAGGCUCUCUCCCGUGCCCGUCGGAAAGUCCCUCCCGGAAUUCUACCUGGGAGGGAACCCCUUCAUCUGUGACUGUAAUAUGGAGUGGCUGCAGCGGAUCAAUGCAUUAGAACACCGAAGGCAGCACCCCACCAUCAUGGAUCUGGAGAGCAUUUACUGCCAGAUGCCAUUCGCUCGCACGGGAGCCUUUAUUCCUCUCGUGGACGUGAACCCCUCGCAGUUCCUCUGUCAGUACGAGACGCACUGCUUCGCUCUCUGCCACUGCUGCGAGUUCGACGCCUGUGAUUGCGAGAUGACGUGCCCCGACGGGUGUGGGUGUUACCACGAUCAGUCUUGGAGAUCAAACAUUGUCGAUUGUUCUCAGCAGGACGUGCAACAAGUGCCUGACCGCAUUCCCAUGGAUGCCACGCAGGCUUACCUGGAUGGCAACGACCUGAGGAACCUUUCGUCUCACUCCUUCAUCGGCCGUAAGCAUUUACAAAUAUUGUAUGUUAAUGCUUCUAACGUCAGGUCCCUCGAUAACGAAACUUUUAGCGGGCUGAGUCGGCUGACGGCGCUCCACCUCGAGGACAACCUCCUUGAGGCACUUCGGGGGAACGAGUUUCAAGGCCUCGAGGUUGUCAGGGAAUUGUACCUUCACAACAACCGUCUGAGAUACGUCCAUCAACACACCUUCGCCAUGCUGUUCCACCUCGAGGUCCUCACUCUCCACAACAACCACCUCAUUAACUUCCCCGUGUGGAGACUGGUAGACAACCCAUACCUCAACCACGUCUCCCUGAGCACCAACCAGUGGUCCUGCCAGUGCCAGUUUGUCGAGUCUUUCGGCAUAUGGCUGAACGGCAACGAGAGGAAGGUGUCGGACGCGAGGGAAAUCAAAUGUUACACCGACGUCGCCGAAGAGGAGCCUGGUUCUUACAUCAUGGAAUUCAACGUGACGACCUGCAUGAACACCUCUUCAUCUUCGACUGUCGUCCGGCCCAUAGUGUUGGACAACUUGUUGCAUCCAGUUAUUGCUACAUGUGUCGCCUUCGUCGUCGUGGUUAUCCUGCUGUUAUGUUUCGUGUACCGUGGCACCAUCCGCGUGUGGAUUUACUCGCAGUGCGGCUACAGAAUGUGCCACAAGAAUGUCUCCUCCGACGACCGAGAUAAAUUAUUCGACGCCUUUGUAUCCUACAGCUCUAAAGACGAGGCCUGGGUCAACCAGGUGUUAGCCGGCGAGCUGGAGCGAGGAGAUCGGCCGUAUCGCGUGUGUUUGCACUAUCGCGAUUUCCCCGUCACCGCCUACAUCGCCGAGACGAUCGUGGAAGCCGUGGAGUCUUCUCGGCGCACCAUAAUCGUCCUGUCGAAGAACUUCAUCGAGAACGAGUGGUGUAGAUUCCAGUUCAAAAGCGCCCAUCACGAGGUCCUCAAGAAGCGGCGACAGAGACUCAUCGUCAUCGUCCUGGGCGAGAUCCCCGCGCGGGACCUCGACCCCGACCUCCGUCUCUACCUCAAAACAAACACGUGCAUCUAUGCCAGUGACAAGUUCUUCUGGGAGAAGCUGAGAUUCGCCAUGCCAGACGUUCAGAACAGCCAGCGAGUGGUCCACACCUACAGUUCCAUCCCCGAGAGAUCUUCCUCUUCGGCCAACAAGUACAGUGUCAACAGUCCAGCGUCAAUGCACCAUAAUUUACACGGUGGCUCUGAUGCGUACUGGGCCUAACGCGUCUCCUAGUGGUCUUGCCGAAUUGUAGUGGUCGUGUUGAGCUCUGAAGAUCCUGCGGAACUCCCUGGUAGUCCUGUGGUACUCCAAUGGUGACCCUUAGUCAAAGAGAGCUUUGUCGAAGGGCUCAGUCCUAGGUAGAGCUCUGAGAUUAUGCAACACGGCUGUAGUUUUACAAGGGCUCUGUGAUGAAAGCUCCUGGCUGUGGUUAUAACGAAAAGGGCUUUAGUGAGAAGGAUACAUAGCUUUAAAGUGACACAUGUGGUUAUAAUGGACACGAAACGGAAGUGUAAGAAUCGAGCUUGUGAUGCAAUGUUUUCGAAGUGUAGUGGAAGCAGGACCGUUUGUGGACGAUGGAGCCAUGUACAUGUUAUAGCAAUCUCCAUCGUUGAAUAUGUAACAUCUAGUCACAUAUAUAUUUAUAUAUAUUGUAUAUGAAAGUGAACAGUGACUUGGCUUUCACUCCGUCAUGUAUAUGGAAAAAAAAAACAACGAGCCAACAACUUUUUAUGGCAAAUAUCUACCGUUAAAAAAAGCUUUUUUGUAAAUGUGCGUGAAGGAAUAUGAAAAACAAACAAAACAAAAAUACCCGCAGUAUCUAUUUGGCCUCAGCUGUUAUUGUCAUAAAGACAUGAUAAAUAAAACUUUUUUGAUGCAUAAAUAUGUUGUGCUAUGGAUGUGAUCAUUGGUGCAUGCAGCCAGUUAUUUAUUCAGACUAUGCUUUAUGGAUAUCGUUCACAUGUGUUUUAUUGACAUAUGGGAAAUGUAUCGUCACUUCAAACAGAGAUCAUGUUUAUGUUAUUGUUUAUCUCUGUAAUGUGUAACCAUUGUCACGUCGUUUGAAAAAGACUUUUGUUAAAAUCUGUUUGAGAAAAAAAAAAAAACGUAAUCAUCAUGCAUAUUAUUUUUAUUUGUUAUUAUGAUGUAUGUUUCAUGUCUAAUAGUAACGACUUUGAUAUCUUUUGGGAAAUGUUGGAUAUGUAAUGUUACGCGACCUGACCUGACCUGACAUGGUUAUUGCUGCAUAAUGUAAUCAAGCAAACAUUGACAGCAAGCGCUUAUUGCUAUAAAAUAAAAUCAAUGUUACGUCCAUUUCUAAGAUGUUGAAUAAGAAAGUGACAUCUAAUGUAUUGCUGUUUUGUAUAACGAGAUUUUGCCCACAUAAUCUGUGAUAAAACCAAAGUCAAUAUACAUCUUAUUUAACAUUGUAAAUAUUUUUUCUAUACAGGAUAAUUUUUCUUUUGUAAAAUAAUGUAAAUAGAUUAAUGUCUAAUUAAAAUCCAAUGGGCAAUA